AUGAACGGCUGGAUGGGCUCAAAUCAUGCAGGCGACCAGCAGCAGUACUCGAGCUGGUCGUCACCUCCUUUGAACAACCACCCAUCGCCGGGUCGUCGAGAGCAUGUGGCGCAGCCUCCGCUGUUGACGACGGCAUUGAAUAGCUCCCAGUUCCACCAUGCAUCCACUCCUCUAUCAUCUACCUCGCUAUCUAGUCCCUUCACGCAGGCUCAUUCUCCAUAUGUUGCGUCUCCUGCGCACGCCAGAUCGACCCCGUCGUCGUCCAUGUCGUCCAGGCAGCAGACGGGUUACAAUAUGCCCUACAAUCCGCAGGAAUGGGGACCCGUUGGCGGAGGCUCUGCAGGGGAUGCAUACUCCCAGGCCAACAGCAUGCAUCGGGUUUCGCCGCAGCAGAGGCCCCAGGCAGAUGUCCCCGUAUCGCCGCCUCCUCCGCCCUAUUCGCCUCCGAGUAAUCGAAACCAAUUACCACCGGAGUUCACCGCGGCAAACCCUAACAUUUCGGUGACACCGAGGGUGACUCCGCCCCAGAAUUCGUCCCCGGAGAGCAAUAUCGAUGUGAAUGUUGAAUAUCAGCGACGCUCGGUCAAUCGCCCUCGUCCACUCUCUAUGGUAUAUGUUGAUGAUCCGGGGUCACGACAGUCACUGCCACCUCCGCCUCCACCUCAGGGACAUCGAUCUGUUUCGCAAAGCCGGAUGGAUAAUUACGAGGGCGCUCCUUACAAUUCUGCUGCAUUACAAUCCAGAUCACGAGUUUCAAUGUUCUAUGAACAAGGCUUUCCAUCGCCAUCCUUGAGAGGACAUGCCGUGGGACCGUCAGCCGACCAAUUGGAAACACCAUCAAGGCCUCCUGCGUCCAGAAGAGCGGCUUCUGCAGGGGCUGCUGUAAGUAGUGCAGGCUCUUCGAGGAAUCGGUCUCCCUCAAACAGUGGUUGGGAACCAGGUAUGCCGCUUCCACCACCGCCUCCAGGACCUCCUCCAACGGCAAGGACUAUCAGUGCGAGCGGUUCGUCAGAAUCGUCUUCCACGAAAACGGCUCAAGGCCCAAACAGGGUUCGGCCUAGACCGCCGCCAAUGAUGGGAACUGGACUAGGUAGCAUUCCACCAACACCGGCAGAUUGGGUUGAUGAGGAGUACCUGAACCACCGGCCGAGUAGGGACCAUGAACCUCUACAUAUUGAUACUACCAGAGAAGUUUCCGCACCGGAUCCAAUGGAAAAUUCAGACAUGGAUGAACCAGAGUAUCAGCCACAGAGAACCCCUGGAAGUGGCGGCCUUUUCCGAAGUCCAGCCAUUCGAGAUCCCAGUGCCAAGGGUAUUCGCGAAAGGCGAAUCGAGCGUCGAAACCGCCAAAGUCAGACCUUUGAAGAUAUGAGCGCAGUCUCCCCUAGUACUAAUCCUUGGGCUGAUGCUUUGGAGCAAAUCAAGCCAACGAAUCUCGUCUUUCCGGAGCACAGACAGAGUCCCGAUCAUACUCGGAACCCAACAUCGUCAAGGUACACCCCUCAAAGUACCCGGAGUAUAGGCUCAGAAGGACAACGGACUGCCCCGCGAUCUCGAGCAUCAUCUACUGGUCUUUUUUCCGAGCAGUCGCCGCACUCGAUGCCCAAGCCGGAAACCAGCCCCGCUGGACCGUCUGCUGCUUUUGCACAAACUCCUCCAUUUUCGCCUGGCGCCUCUUCUUCAACAUUUCAAAAAGAAGCACCUCAGGUGGUACCGCCGAAGGCACUUCCAACUCCACCUCUUAAUUCGGCCAAGGAGGUUCUAUCGCGCUCUCGCGCCACUUCCAGAGGGCCAGAAGACCGACCCAUUUCUCAUAUCCUGCACUUGCCAAAUGAUGCGAUAUCCACGAUGCAGCCGCUAUCUCCACGUCGGCUUCCAAAUGCACAGCAUACUCAGCAGGCAUCAUUGGAAUCUGUCCUCAGGCAGGAAACCGACUUUGUUCAAGAUGCUGUUCAAAGACAUCAGAAGUUUAUCGAGCAGGAAGCUGCCGCCCUCAAUGAGACUGAAGCUAUGAAAAUCUUCACUGAUUUUAUCAUUUCUGAGUCUCAGAUACGCCGUGAGCGGUACGCCGCUAUUUGGGAUGCUGGUUCGUUUGAAAUCGACGAAGUGCGCAGCAAGCUUUUUGAAAUGCCGUCUCCCCAAGCCAACCUGUUAUCAACGAAGCCAAUCAGACCAAUGCCCAGUUUGGAAAUACCUUCAAACAGAACUAGUCGACCCGAAUCAGCCUGGUGGAACAACUACCAGCCCUGUCUCUCACCCAUUGCCAGUCUGGGUAUGAGCAACGACGAAAUGAGCUCAAGGGGCCGUGCACCCAGCCGCUGGUGGGAGUCUAAGACAGGAUCCAGUAGCGAGGGAUAUGAUAGAAAGGUUCAACGAUCCAAGAGGGAGUCUAAAUACAUGGGUCUUCCCCGUGACUCAAUGCAGUGGGACCAAGAACGAACUCCUUCGAAGCUGGAUGAUGCGGGUGCGAAUUAUACAAGCCAGCACGAAGCCUACGGCCCGGGCGAGUACCCCCCGGAGAAAGUUGGCAGGCAUGAAGAGACUCCUGUUUAUCCAAAUCACGGAAAUGGGGACCGACACGGGCAAUUUUUGGCAACCCAGCGGCUGGACAUCUCACGACUCAUUACUUUGCCGCCGCCAUACCCACGCCACUAUCCCGCUGUGAAUAAUAGCCAUCCGGAUCUCGUCUCCUAUCGAACCACGGUCCGCUCGAUCACCGACCUGUCUGAAAUCAAGUCGACUAGACAGCGGUACAAGGACGAUGUGGAGAACAUGGCUCAAGAACAUAAGAGUCAAGUCAAAGAGGGCCGGCGCCAUUUCAAGUCCAACAUUCAAAACCAGAUCCAGGAGGGUAGCCUCACAUUUGCAGAGGCAGCCGAAGCUGAAGCGGCAAUGAUUGUCGACGAGAACAAGCGGGAAAGAAGAUUGGUUAAACGCGAGCUUGAUACAUAUCAGGAGUCUGUGUUGAACCCGAUGAUGACCAUCCUCAAUGACCGCAUCGAUCGAGCGACCACCUGUAUCGAUGAUCUGAGUAGCAGACUUUUCGACGAUGCACAGCACGAGACACCCGACCAGACGCAGGAAGAGGGUGAUGAGAAGCCCGAGCUGUUGGAGAAGCUGACGCAGCUGAAAUGGCUGUUCGAAGCACGAGAGCAGCUUCACCGCGAAUCGUUCGAGCUGGUCAGUGACCGCGAUAAAAAAUACAAGGCAGUCGCUUUACUACCGUAUCAACAAAGCAAGAACGAGGACAAGAUCCGAGACACACACGCAUUCUUCUCCAAAGACGCCCUCGACCGACGGGUGCAAUACGAGACCCAGGCUUUCUCCCGUCUUGAAUCCUUCCUGGACGUCAUUGAGCAAAACGUCGUACGUGGCGUCGAAAAGCAACUCUCUGCAUUCUGGGAUAUUGCACCGUCCCUUCUCGCUCUCGUUCAGCAAAUACCGGACAGUUUGCGUGAUCUUCAGAUCCAGAUCCCGGCCGAUGAAUAUCGAGAGAACCCCAGCUAUCAGGCGCAUCCACUGCAGUAUUUAUAUACGCUACUGUCACACGCGGAAAAGUCGAGCUAUCAGUACAUCGAGUCGCAGAUCAACCUUCUUUGUCUGCUGCACGAGGUGCGGUCGGCUGUUAUGCGGGCCAACCGCAACCUUGCUGAAGCAGAGAGGAUCUGGCAAGGGGAGUCUGAGGAAACUGUGCGUCGGGGUAUGCAGGAAGUUCGGGCAGAUGAAGAGCUUGCUCUUACAACAGACCUCAAGGACAAGGUUUCCACCGUUGAGGGUCAGUGGACCGAGGCUCUUGGGAGUCAGAUUCAGGGACUACGAGAACGAGUGAAAGAACAGCUCGAGAUAGAGGGUGGCUGGGAAGACCUGGAGCAAUUGGAGCAGGAGUGA